AUGGCCGCCGCUUCCGCUGCCCCUCCUUGCUGCCCGCCUUUCCGCGCCGACCACAUCGGCUCGCUCAAGCGCCCCGACGCGCUCCUCGCCAAGCGCAACGAGUUCCACGAGGGCAAGUGCACCCGUGAGGAGCUCAAGGCCGUCGAGGACCAGGCCAUCAAGGACGAGGUCAAGCGUCAGCUCGACGUCGGCAUCAAGGCCGUCACCGACGGCGAGUUCCGCCGCCACAUGUUCUGGGAUGGGUUCCACAACAACUUGCAGGGUAUGGAGGUCAUCCAGAACCCGGGUCGCGAGCUCUUCAAGAUGUACGUUCCCGACAUCAAGGCUUUUUUCGAGUCGCACGCCUCGCGCCCGGGCGACACGAUGAUCUGCACUGGCAAGCUCAUCCGCAACAAGCCCAUGUACCGCCCCGAGUUCGAGUACACCGCGUCGCUCGUCAAGCCCGAGGAGGUCAAGAACGUCAAGAUCACCCUCGCCGCUCCCGAGUGGUACCACCUCCGCCACGGCGAGCACGCCUACAACAAGGACAUCUACCCGUCCGAGGUCGAGUACUUUGCGGACCUCGCCAAGGCGUACCGCGAGGAGCUCGCCGACCUGUACGACGCCGGCUGCCGCAACGUCCAGUUUGACGACCCGCUCCUCGCCUACUUUUGUGCCACGUCGAUGCUCGAGGGCAUGAAGGCCGAGGGCCAGGACCCGGCCGUCGUCCUCGACCAGUACAUCAAGCUCUACAACGACUGCGUGCGCGACGUCCCGUCCGACAUGGUCAUCGGCCUGCACCUGUGCCGCGGCAACUUUAAGGACGGCAUGCACUUUUCCGAGGGCGGCUACGAGCACAUCUCGAAGAAGCUCUUCAACGAGCUCAACGCCAACGUGUACUACCUCGAGUACGACACUGAGCGCGCCGGCGGCUUCGAGCCCCUCGCCGACCUCCCGAAGAACAAGACCGUCGUCCUCGGCCUCGUGACGUCCAAGUUCCCGCAGAUGGAGAAGAAGGAGGACCUCGUCAAGCGCAUCAACGAGGCCGCCGACAUUGUCGCCAAGGGCUCGAACCAGACCCGCGAGGAGGCCCUCAAGCGUCUCUGUUUGUCGGCGCACAUGUGUGGAUGGGCCAGCCAUGCCGAGGGGAACCCGGUGACGCGCGAGAACGUCAUCGACAAGCUCGCCCUAAUCGUGUCGACGGCCAAGGCCGUGUGGGGAGACGCCUAA